UAUUACAUUCCAUCAUCAUGAUGUCUUGUAUCAGAACUCCUAUAUAAUGGAGUCUCUAAUUUUGUUUCAGACAGAGUGUUAAUAAUACAGAAACCUCUUUCAAUAUUACUCUCUCAAUUCUCUCAAUUUCUCUUUCACCCCCAUCUCCUCUCUCUCUCUAGCGAGAAACUGUCUUCUCACUUCUCUGAUUGACCUCCAAUUCCACCCACCAAUGGCGCGGCUGCGGCCACAGGUCGCCACCACCACUACUGUCUUGAUCCUAUUUCUCGUGGCCAAGGUCAUUUCCUCUGGCGAAGCAACCACCAUCGUCCUUCGACCACCCCACGGCGGCAGCAAUCGCCACACCAUAUUCCUUCCCCUCUUUCUCUCUCCUCCUCCUAGCAGCUCUUCCGGCAACUCCUCUCCCUCUGUCCGCCACCAGAUUUAGGGGUCCGACCCUCUCCACCCUAACGCUCGCAUGCUCCUCUAUGACGAUCUCUUUCUCAACGGAAAUGCACAAAGGCUGAGGUCAAAUCUUUAAAGGAUGUUGCGAACAGUUCAUAUGCACCUAAGUAUGACAUCUCUGGGAUUACAGAUCCUUUUCUCCAUAUCAGAUUACUCAGGUUUUUACGCAUAUUGGGUCACAGAGAUGCAGAUGCUAGCGAUUGCAUGAACGACAUUCUUGCUCAAGUCAGCUGCUAUUUGUACUCCCACGCCCCUGCAAUCAAUUCAUGCUAUAUUAGUUGAAAAAGUGUAUAAAACUAUUGAUAAUUUCUUGUUGCAACAAAAACUAAGUCGAACAAAAAUGCCGGGAAUGCCAUUUUAUAUGAAUGUGUUGAAACAAUUAUGAGCAUUGAAGAUAACAGCGGCUUGCGGAUGCUUGCCAUCAAUAUUUUGGGAAGAUUCCUGUCAAACCGUGACAACAAUAU